CUAGUGUGUGUCAUUACGCUAGCCCGAGGUCCGGCCUCAGCGCAGCGCGGGUAAUUUGCGCUCUACUGGGGCUCAGGGGCCGUUGGACUCUGUCGCCGCAUAACACCCGCGAAAGAUCCGCUGGCUCCCGCGCCGCGCCGCCCGUAACGUGCAGCGAGCGGAGAGCACUCUCCCAGGCGACCAACAUGGGCGCCCAAUUCUCGACGGCCGGCCGGAGAGAAGCCGCGCGCAAGCGGCGCGCCGAGACGCGCGACACCGCCCUCCGGCAAGCAAAACGGCGCAUCGCGCGGCCCUGCCGCUUCGGUCUGCCGGAAGACGCGCUGCUGGGCGUCCUGGCCUUUGCUGAUUACCCUGGCGUCGCCUACGGCUCGGCUGUCUGCCGCGAGUUCCGCGACGCUCUAUCAAAGAUUAAGCCCGACCUGCUGCACAGCCUAGCGCUGCACCGCUUCCCGCAGCUGCGAUUGGUAAGAGCGCCGCGGUGCAUGCGGCCGGACCCGCGCCAGCUCUUCGAGUCGCAGCGACGCCUGGUGGCGCCGCAGCCGCGGCCGGUCCCUACCAUCACGCCCCGGCGCGACCUCGAUUCGUACAUCUUCUCGCUGGAGCUCUCGACGCGCCGCCACGGCACCGACGAGGCCAAGAGCGUGAUCCACGUCGGCGAGGGCCGCGUGAGGCGAGAAGAGGGCCGCCCGAGCUUCCAGUUCGACGUCCCCGCGUCGAUCUUCACGGCCCUCAUGCUGGACGACGUGCCGCUCGACAUAUAUGCCACCGUAUUAUGCUUUAAAAGGGGCACGUGGCAGCGGUGCGUGCUCACGCAGACCGAGGUCGACGACUGUGAUGGAGAUACAUUUUUCUUUGAUUGGACCGAAGUGCCUGGCCCGGGACAAGACAGCGAGCGCGGCCGACUCUUAGCGUGGCUGCGCCAGAACCCGGAGCAGAACGCUGAUGGGAUGAACGUAUCCGCGUGGCCGCUCCUGAAACUGACCUGGGAUUACGCGGCCGGCGGCUCCAUGAGCCACGUGAACGCGCACCUCAUGUGGGAGUCCGUCGGGGACUUGUUCGACAUGAGCGAGGCCCAGGCGCGCUGUACGCUCGAGCAUUGGUGCGCGUGGACCGGGUAAGGAGCUAAGUGUACAUAGAGC